AUGUUCGUGCGUAACAGCGAUAAAAUUUUAGAGCCGCUUGAUACCAAGAAAAUACAUAAAAUGCUGUUGGAGUGUUCGCAUGGCCUCAACAUCAUGAGAGAGGAGCUUGAUGACCUGUUCAACAAAAUAGAGAGCGGGCUGUGCGACAAUCUUAGUACAUGCGAUAUCGUGUCGCUUGCUGCGGAGUGUGCAGCAUCAGCAAUGACCAAGAAUCCUGAUUUUGGAUGCAUAGCGGCACGUAUCGUGGUGCGGGAGCACCACAAGGUAACGCUCGAUACCUUCUACGAGAAGGUGAAGUACUGCUACGAGCAGAAGAGGUACUUCAGCAGGGAAUUUUGCGAGCGGGUGCGUGAGAACAAGGACGCGAUACAGGCCCAGAUCGAUUACAGCAGGGACUACGACAUUUCGUUCUUCGGGUUCAAAACGAUGGAAAAGUCCUACAUGCUGUCCAUCAACAGCCGGACAGUGGAACGGCCACAGGACCUGUUCAUGCGUGUAGCGCUUGGAAUACACUACGACUCGCUGCAGGAUGCAUUUGAAACGUACCAUCUGAUGUCGCAGAAGUACUUCGUGCACGCUACGCCCACGAUGUUUAACGCGGGCACGCUAACGCCGCAGCUCUCAUCGUGCUUCCUCCUAGGAAUAGAGGAAGACUCAAUCGAGGGCAUCUUCAAAGCGGUGUCUGAUGCAGCAAAGAUUUCUAAGACUGCAGGCGGCCUUGGCAUGAAUGUGCACAAACUGCGUGGCGCCAAUUCACUUAUCAAAUCUACAGGUGGUCGUGCAUGCGGCAUUAUACCGGUUGCAAAGAUAUUUGAAGCGACACUGCGCUGCAUUGAUCAAGGCGGCAAGAAACGACCGGGAUCGAUGGCGAUCUACGUCGAGCCGUGGCACUCCGAUAUCUUUGAGUUCCUUGAUAUACGCAAGAACACGGGUAAAGAGGAGCUGCGUGCACGCGAUAUUUUCACAGCGCUGUGGAUACCUGAUCUGUUCAUGCGGAGGGUGCACAACGAUGAGAACUGGUCGCUGUUCUCCAACGAUGAUGUCCCGAACCUGUACAAUCUGUACGGAGAUGAGUUUGACAAGGCGUACGAGAUGUACGAAAAGAAUGGCAUGGCGCGGCGGACCGUGCGUGCACAGAAGUUGUGGAAGGCUAUUCUGAGCAGUCAGAUCGAGACUGGCACGCCGUACAUGUGCUACAAAGAUUCAGCGAAUAGGAUGAACAAUCAGAAGCACCUUGGCACGAUCAAAUGCAGCAACCUAUGCUCGGAAAUAAUGGAGUACACCGAGGAGAACGAAAUAGCGGUGUGUAACUUGGCAUCCCUCGGCUUGCCCAGGUUCAUGCAAGACGGCCAGUUUGACUAUGAGAAGCUCAAAAUGGUCACCAAGAUUGUCGUAAAGAACCUCAACAAAGUGAUAGACGUAAAUUUGUAUCCUCUACCCGAGACAAGGAACAGUAAUCUCAAACAUCGUCCCAUCGGCCUUGGAGUGCAGGGCCUUGCUGAUGUUUUUGUGAUGCUGAGGAUGCCGUAUGAUUCAAAGGAGGCGCGUGCCGUAAAUUUGCGCAUAUUUGAAACGAUUCAUUUUGCAGCACUUGAUGCGAGCUGUGAGCUUGCGAAGGAGUAUGGGCCGUAUGACAGCUAUGAAGGAAGCCCGAUGAGUCAGGGCGUGCUGCAUUUUGAUAUGUGGAACGUGGUGCCUGUGACAAACCAUGAUUGGCGGGGUCUCCGUGCCAGGAUAGCGAAGUAUGGUGUGAGGAAUUCCUUGCUUGUUGCACUAAUGCCCACUGCAAGCACCUCUCAGAUACUCGGGUACAACGAGUGCUUUGAGCCCUUCACCACGAAUAUUUAUACGCGCCGCACGCUUGCGGGUGAGUUCCAGGUGGUCAACACGUACCUGAUGCACGACCUGAUGAAGCUCAAUCUAUGGAGCGAUGAGAUGAAGAACAUCCUGAUACAGGAAGAGGGAAGUAUUCAAAGAAUUGAGGGUAUACCGGACGAGAUAAAGAGGCUUUAUAAGACAGCGUGGGAGCUGAAGAUGCGUAGUUUGAUUGAUCUGGCAGCUGACAGGGCACCGUAUGUUGACCAGUCGCAGAGCCUAAAUAUUUUUAUGGCACAGCCAACAUAUCCUAAGCUGACGAGCAUGCAUUUUUACGGUUUUAAACGGGGACUUAAGACCGGCAUGUAUUAUUUGAGGACUAGACCGAUAUCAGCUGCUGUUAAGUUUACGGUUGAUAGAGGCAUGGUGAGCACAACAAAGUUGCUCCAAAAAUCAUCGUGUAGUCCCACGAGUGAAGAUGAUGAGUGCAUGUCAUGUAGUGCGUAGAAUAAUCUAAGUAAAAUAGU